CACUUUGGUAUGGUGUUGGGAAACAAGCCGAGUAAAAAGUGAGUGGAAAUUUCAAAGUAAGAAUGCUCAUUGAAACUUAACAAGAGUCAAAGGAUAUACUUACUACAUACUCAUCUUCACUUCUCCACGACUACACUCAUCUUCAUCUUCAAGUGUCAAUAUGAAAAUCGUCUUCUUCUCUCUCCUAUUAUCACUGUUAAUAUUUUUCAUUUUCAAUUUCGAUAAUUACUCAGUUGAAGCAGCAUCAGACCCUUACUACGAAUCUUGCAUAGUCCCCAAAAUUUGUGGAAACCAAACAAUAAGCUUCCCUUUCUUCAUUCAAGGCCAACAACAGCCUUACUGCGGUUACCCUGGCUUCAAUCUCACGUGCGACUCACGUGGCCGCUCCAUUAUCAGUGUCUCCUCCCAAAACUACGUCGUUUUACAAAUCUUUUACCAAAACCAAUCCAUUAUCGUAUCAAACGCUGCGUUUUUGGAUCUUCACGAUGAACAAGCCUGUUUCCCUUUUAUACGGAACUUAACUAAUCUCUCCCCUGAUUUCAAGAUCGCCGAUACGGAUGAUGAUCGGAACAGUGUGGUUUUGCUCUAUAAUUGUCAAUCUUCUCCGAUUAUGAAGAACAGGAUCGGUUGUUACGCAGAGAAUCGUACCAAUUCUGUUUUGGCUUUUUACGAAAGCCAAGAAGACGAAUUGUUUGAGGCGUCGAAAAUGUGUGGAACCAGAAAUGUGACAGUGGUAAAUACGACGGUAGCAAUGGGGUAUAGUGAGAAGAUUGAAGGAAAUUUAAGGAUGAGAGAUGUGGUGAGGAGUGGGUUCAUGCUUAAUUGGAUAGCUAGUAACUGUAGCGCAUGUGAGGAAAGCGGUGGGAGGUGUGGAUUCCUUCGGCAUAUCUAUCACUUCAGAUGCUUUUGCCGUGACAGACCUCACGCCUUGAAGUGUUUUCCGGUGACGGCGGCGGCGGGAAGGAAAGGAAUGCGUGGAACGAGAUUGGGACUCGGACUAGGUGUUACUCUUUGUGUAAUGGGAAUUAUAGUAAGUGCAGUACUAGCCCACAUACUGUGGAAGAAGAAUCAAAAUAAAGAAAACGUUGAGGCCUUCCUUGAAAGCUAUGGCCCCAUUCAAGUUAGAAGAUAUAGUUAUUCAAAAAUCAAGAAAAUGACAAACUCAUUCACACAAAAAUUAGGCCAAGGAGGCUUUGGUGAUGUCUACAAAGGAAUCUUAGAUGAUGGCUCUUUUGUUGCUGUUAAGGUUUUGAACCAAUCCAAAAGUAAAGAUGGGCAAGAUUUCAUCAAUGAGGUAGCAACCAUAAGCAGAACUUCCCAUGUUAAUGUUGUCACUUUAUUGGGAUUUUGCUUUGAUGGUUCUAAAAGAGCUUUAAUAUACGAGUUCAUGCCCAAUGGAUCUCUUGAGAAGUUUAUAUUUGAUGACAACGCGAAUGAUGAUGAAAACAAUCAUCACUUAGAUUGGGAAACUUGCUAUCGAAUCUCACUCGGUAUUGCUAAAGGACUCGAGUAUUUGCAUCGUGGUUGCAACACUCAAAUUUUACAUUUUGAUAUCAAACCUCAUAACAUUCUUCUUGAUGUUGGCUUUGUCCCCAAAAUUUCAGAUUUCGGGCUUGCCAAAAUUUGUAAAAGAGACGAAAGUCGUGUUUCAAUGUUAAGUCCAAGAGGGACUGCUGGAUACAUUGCUCCUGAAGUUUUUAAUAGAAACUUUGGAAAUGUGUCACAUAAAUCAGAUGUCUAUAGCUAUGGGAUGAUGGUGUUAGAAAUGAUAGGAGGAAGAAAAAAUAUCAAUAUCCAAGUUGAUAAUACAAGUGAGAUAUAUUUCCCACAUUGGAUAUAUAAACGCCUUGAGUUGGAUGAGAAUCUUGGACUAAAGAGAAUGAUUAAUGAAGAAGAUGGGAUGAAAGUGAAGAAGAUGAUAAUAGUAAGCUUGUGGUGCAUUCAGACGAAUCCUUCAAACCGACCAGCCAUGAAUCGAGUAAUUGAAAUGUUGGAAGGGAAUGUCGAUUCCUUGGAAGUUCCACCCCAGCCUUUCUUGUACUCUCCUUCAAGAUCACUAUCUCCAUAAUCUUCUCAAACAUUUGUACAACUCUAAAAGUAAAAUACUACUUAGAUCAUAAUCGAGAUUAUUUGCACCGAAUAACAGGAUCAAUGAACCAUACUAGUAACUUUAAUUUAUUUUUUUAUAUUUAUAUUUAAAUUAUUCAAUAUUAAAUAUUAAUCAUUUAACAUUUAUAUUCUUGCAAUUUCUUUUUUUAUUUCUAAAACUGUAAUUUUUCCAUAAAGAACCAUGGUGAGUUCAUGUCUUAGUGAAGUCCUCAUCGUAAUGGAAUGCUUCUUUUUUCUAAACACACUUUCCAUGAAAGUACUCUGUCAUCAAAAUUCCAAACUUUUCAAGUCAACUACCAGGUCAAGCAUUACAAAACUUUCUUGUGGUGUUUUGCAUUAGAAAUCCAAAUUAUUCUUGGGGUUGGGGAUGUUUAACAUGGCUAUGGCUGCUACUAUUCCUCUGUUUGUUAUCUUCAUUCUCACUCAUUCUCUGCUUCCAAGCUCUGGUGAAGAAGAGGGAUCCCUUCCAAAAAAAUGUGGUGUGUUCCCAGUGAACUGUUCAGAAGAUGGACCCAAAAUCCAAUUGAAAAAAGAAGAAGAAGGGCCAGGGGACUGGUAUAGAAUUGAGUCAGUUGCGACAAUGUCUCGAUCAGACUCAGACUCAAGAGUCUAUGUUGGAACUUUGUAUGAAAUAUGUAAAAAUAGAAAAGUGAAGUGUGUGAGUAGGAGUCCCACAUGGGAUAGAAACACUACAUUUUAAGUGUAUAUCUAGUGCAAGUUUGAGAUAUGGGUUUGGGCCCCAAGGGGUACCCAGUUUUGCGCGCAUGGGUGAGGACUCACACACUGGACCACCACACACACGUGCCGCCGCCCGACCGAUCCGGGUUGGGUUGGUGAGGUGUCACUUUAUUUUUUGAAGAAAAAUUAUUUAAUUAAAUAAAGAUUUAUUUUUAUUUA